CCCCUGAUCACCGAGAGACCGCUAUUCUCCACUGAUGACGGUCCUGUCAGUAAAUGACAAAACUAUACUAUCAGUGCGCCAAAGCAAUGUCUAACAUACAGCUACUUAUAUACCUCACACAAAUAAACUUCUCGUAUACAGUACGAGCCCCUUCCCUUUCCUGAAAAUAACCUCGCCCACUGAUCACGUGACUGCUGCGUCUCGCUUCCUGUCACCCACUCCAGUCUAACAUUUAUGGUGUGGAGAAGGGACCGGAAGAGGUGAAGAGAGUUGCAGAAUUUGCUGCCCAUUCUUGGUCCUGGCACGCGUGGAGCUGGCGAGAUGAAGAAUUAUUUUUUCUGAGACAGCUGUAUGUAUGAAAGGGCUUUGUGAGCAAAGGGAAUACUUCUAGUUCUACCCGGAGAAGCUUUCAAGCUUGGAACAUCCAUUGGGACAGUAUUUAUGCUGAUAUUAUCUGCGCAACCGCUGCUGGAACAGAAAAAAAGGUUAAUAGAUGUUAUUUAAUGUCAUUGUCUUGCUGCACAAGUUCAGUACCGAGGAGGAAACUGUGGAAACGAGUCUCUGCUUUCCUGCCAGUGUCGCUCAAGGAUUGCCUGUAACUACAUUCAUGUACCAUAUGAAGUGUUACUGGAAUGUGUAACCUCUCCACUUGAACUGACUCAAUGAAUGGGAGUGGUGGCUACAUUCAAUGGUUGCAACCAUAACCAUUAAAUAAGCAGAGAUUUUGGGCUUAAAUAACCCUAUUUUACAUUACUUUCAAUUAUCAGUUAAUAAACGGUUAUGUAUUCAUUAUAAGAUCCUGCAGAAUUAAAAAGUUACAAAGCAAUCUUGGUUAUCUUUACCACACCCACCCUACGUAUCACCAGAGGAUUCAUCACAGAGACUGUUUUUUUUUUAAGGCACAAAAUCACAAUAACCGAUCAACCAAAUCAUAUCUUCCUUCAAAACUGAGCCUUACAGCAGUGGAUCACAUCAAAAUACUGCAAAAUAAAUCUGCAACGGUUUAUUGGACUGUCUAACCAUACCUGUGUCAUGGCACCCCUGCUAUUUUUCUCCUUGGGACUGAUACUCUGCUCCUCAGAAGUAAUGGCGAAAAAAGGGGAUGUGAUAGAAAUCACAGACAGCAACUGGAAUGAUGUCUUGGAGGGGGAGUGGAUGAUCAAAUUCUAUGCCCCUUGGUGUCCUGCUUGUCAUAAUCUGCAGCCUGAGUGGAAUGAAUUUGCAGACUGGGGAGAAGACCUUAAUGUGAAUAUCGCCAAAGUGGAUGUUACAGCCCAGCCAGGACUGAGUGGCAGAUUUAUCAUUACAGCACUGCCAACAAUAUACCACUGCAAAGAUGGAGUUUUCAGAAAGUACCAAGGAUCUAGAUCACACAAGGACUUUAUCAAUUUUAUCAGUGAAAAGGAAUGGGAAACCAUAGAACCUGUAUCAUCCUGGGCUGGCCCAAGUUCAUUUUUGAUGAGUGGCAUGUCUGCAUUGUUCCAGCUAUCCAUGUGGAUCAGGCAAUGCCACAAUUAUUUUGUUGAAGACCUGUCCAUUCCUGUGUGGGGAUCUUACAUUAUAUUUGGAUUGAUGACCCUAUUUCUAGGUCUAUUUUUGGGUUUGAUUUUGGUGUUUGUGGCAGACUUCCUCUGUCCAUCCAAAAGGCACAGACCCCAAGAAUACCAAUAUAUUAAAAACCUGCCUACUGAACCUGCUGACCGGAAGAAACUGGAAGAUGAAGAAAAGGAAGAAGAAGUAAACGACUUUGAAAAUGGCAAGCUUGAAGACAAAGAAGCAAGUGAUGUCCCUCAGGACAAGCUAAGGAAACGUACUGCCAAGUCUUGAUGUUUAUGGGGUUUCUUCUUUUAUGGUCAGAACAGAUGUCACAGAUCCUUGCACUCCAUACACAGAAACAAUUCAUUAUGACCGCUUUCAAGAAUUCUGCCUGUUCUCCAAUUUAUUCCAACUCCCUACAGUAAUUUAGGUAUGAUAUCCUUCUCAUUGUGGUGCAUUAAUGCAAUCUUCCCCUGUUUUCCUUGCAUGAAAUCACUGAUUUAAUAAAGGAAAUGGGCUUUGCAAAGAUUACUGUUACUAACGUAUUUUCCAUACAGUUAUUGUAAUUACAAUACCUGUAACACCUUAGGGGCAUCAAGAUGCAUUAUAAGUACUAAUGCUUUAAAGCAUAAAUAUGGUUUGGGUUAAAAUCAAAUUGUUGGCCAAAAAAGAAUUUUCCCAGGCAAUGAAAAACUGCAAUAAUAAUGUAUGAAUAGAUGUACAGUAGGUGAAGAGAGCCAAUGGAGUUUAGGGGGCUUUACUUGAGUUGCUUUUUACAGCUUUACAGAACAGAGGGAACAGCAAAGCUGCAUCAUGACUACCUGCAAACUGCUGAAAUGUGAUGUCAGAGUAGCUUAAUUAUAAGACUACCAGGUGUUGGACAGUUGUUACAGGGUAUGCACAGACGUUCUUUUACUUUAUUAUUGAUAGCACUGUAGACCAUUAACAAUGCAAAAUAGUUAAUAAUUCUUGUCGUCUUUUUGUUUUUACCUUCUGAAGAGCCAAAUAACGCAUAUGGGAUCCAGUGUUGAAUUUGCGUUGUAUAAUGAUACCAUAUAACAGUUUUCAUUUAGAUUCUGGUUUUGGGGAAAAUUUGUAUAAGUUCAGGAAACACUUUUUGCAAAGCUAAACUGCACAGUCUUUGUAAAUCAGUUUGCUUGAAAAUAUGGGAUCCAGUGUUGAAUUUGCGUUGUAUAAUGAUACCAUAUAACAGCUUUCAUUUAGAUUCUGGUUUUGGGGAAAAUUAGUAUAAUUUCAGGAAACACUUUUUGCAAAGCUAAACUGCACAGUCUUUGUAAAUCAGUUUGCUUGAAAAUAUAUGUUGUAUUUUUGUAACAUGCUGCAAUGAAUAAACUGUUUUUGCUUU